ACUUUUCAAAGAUGGGGCGUUGCCGAAGAUAGCUUGCUUUCCAGUUCUAGUACUAUAAAGCUGAUGAACGUUGAAACCAAGCAUACUAGAACUAUGGAUGACAUUUUUGUCCAACAUUCUCGGAAGCUGGAACUACUCAGGAAUGUCUUGAGGAAUGCAGCAGAGGUAGAUGCCCUUGAAGGUUUGAAUAUGAUCGAUGCUGUUCAAAGGCUAGGCAUCGAUUACCACUUUCAACGAGAAAUCGACGCAAUUCUGCACAAGCAGAUGAGUAUUGUAUCUGCCUCUGAUGAUCUUCAUGAGGUUGCACUUCGCUUUCGACUACUGAGACAACAUGGUUACUCCGUGCCUGAAGAUGUGUUUAACAACUUCAAGGAAAGCAAAGGAACGUUCAAGCAAGUUCUGGGUGAAGACAUCAAGGGAUUGAUGAGCUUAUACGAAGCUUCGCAGCUAGGUACAGAAGGAGAAGAUACACUUGUUGAAGCUGAAAAGUUUAGUGGCCAUCUGCUAAAGACUUCUCUGUCACAUCUUGAUCAUCAUCAAGCCAGAAUUGUUGGAAAUACAUUGAGGAAUCCUCAUCACAGAAGCUUGGCCUCAUUCAUGGCCAGGAACUUUUUCGUUACUUCUCAAGCCACCAGGCCCAAUUCAUGGUUAACUUUGCUAAAAGAAGUAGCAAAAAUAGAUUUCAAUAUGGUUCGGUCUCGGCACCAGAAUGAAAUAGUUCAAAUUUCCAAAUGGUGGAAGGACCUUGGAUUGGCUAAGGAACUGAAAUUUGCUAGAGAUCAACCACUGAAAUGGUACAUAUGGUCCAUGGCAGUCCUAACAGAUCCAAAGUUAUCAGAGGAGAGGGUUGAGCUCACAAAACCCAUCUCUUUUGUCUAUUUGAUAGAUGACAUUUUCGAUGUUUAUGGAACCCUUGAUGACCUCUAUCUCUUCACAGAAGCUGUAAAUAGAUGGGAAAUUACUGCUAUAGACCACCUACCAGACUAUAUGAAGAUAUGCUUCAAGGCUCUGUAUGAUAUGACUAAUGAAUUCAGCUGCAAGGUCUAUCAGAAGCAUGGAUGGAACCCCUUACAAUCUUUGAAAAUUUCGUGGGCGAGUCUUUGCAACGCAUUUUUGGUGGAAGCAAAAUGGUUCGCAUCUGGGAAGCUGCCGAAGUCAGAAGAGUACUUGAAGAAUGGCAUCGUUUCUUCUGGGGUAAAUGUGGUUCUAGUCCACAUGUUUUUUCUCUUGGGUCAGAACAUAACCAGAAAGAGCGUGGAGUUGUUGAAUGAAACUCCAGCCAUUAUAUCGUCCUCAGCAGCAAUUCUUCGACUCUGGGAUGAUUUAGGCAGUGCAAAGGAUGAGAACCAGGAUGGGAACGAUGGGUCGUAUGUAAGGUGCUACUUAGAGGAACAUGAAGGCUGUUCCAUUGAGGAGGCACGAGAAAAGACGAUUAAUAUGAUUUCAGAUGAAUGGAAGAAACUGAACAGAGACCUGCUCUCUCCAAAUCCAUUUCCAGCAACAUUCACAUUGGCUUCUCUUAAUCUCGCAAGAAUGAUCCCCCUGAUGUAUAGCUACGAUGGCAACCAAUGCCUUCCAUCUCUUAAAGAGUAUGUGAAACUGAUGUUGUAUGAGACUGUAUCAAUGUAAUUACUAAUAAGACUACUGGAAACUGAUGCGGCUUAAGCUUUUCACAAAUCACUGAAGAAAU